GUUUCCAUUUGAUAAUUAAAUAAGCAUAAUUGUGCUUUUUAAUCUCCUUUAAACUCAUUUUGUCUUCCCCAAGUAGAAUGGGUUUAUGUUUCUGCUUCCAAAGUGAAAACCACAUUAACAAAUUCCACGCCACAAAAUGAUCUAAAAUCCAACUUUGUCACUAAAAUAAAGGAUUAUUACAGCAAUAUUUGCAUGGUGUUUGCUGCUGCGUUACCUUUGGUGGUCCAGCUGGUCUCCUUCCUGCGUCGGCUCGAGUCGACAGCAGCGGUGAAGCGUGUAUGUUGGCUUCCUUUUACAACAACUUGUCACAUCCGUCACACAUUCAAGACACGCUGGGAACCUCAGCGCGAACCACAAAAUGUUUUUCAUUUCAAGUGGACACACAAAACAAAGGCAAAGAUGCAUUAAAUGACACUUAGUUGUAGUUACUGCAUUGUCUACAGCUUAAGUCCACAAGUGGUAAAGUCGAUUGUUAAUUGGUCAAGUUGAUUGAACGUGACUUGGGAUAUGAACUCGCCUGUUUAUAUCGCACAGUGCACGUCAGAGCACAAAUCAAGCACAAAUUCAAUGGAAUUCUCUGAACACCUCGAAAACGGAAUUUUAUUAUUAUUACUGUGUGUGGCAAAACGGCACAGAUGUCAGCAGAGCAUUAUUUAGUUUGACCAAAUUUGGAAACAUUCUGGGGAAAAAAAAACUUGUCCUAUGUUUUCAUUAUGGGGUGCUGCAUGUAGAAUUUGGAAAAUGAGUCCAUUCCAUUCUGCAACACUGCUGUGAAUAUUGUGUGACCGUAUUUUACGCUGAUAAUGGACGACCCCAUUACAAUUGGAGCUGUGGCCCAUUUUGAGGCCCCAAACGCUUAUUUUAGAAAACCCUGCUUUAAAAUGAAACUUGAUCAAACAUUGAAAUCUUAAGAUCGCUUACAAAUCAUGCAGAAUGCAUUUAGGUUCUCCGUAAGAACGUAUUGAGUUAUAAUACACCAUACUAUUAGGAGUUUCUAAUACUUUUGUCUUUGUGUAACUAUCAACUUUCAGUAUGACGGGGUAGACUUCUACAAUAUAGUAAAUAAACUAGCUGUCUUACUGAGUAUUAAUACAUUUAAACUGAAUUUCUACGUCAUCUUGGACUAGCUAGAUAGCUUGCAAUUCAAUUUAGUACGUUCAGGUAUUUUACAGAACUGUUAACAUUCAAAUCAUUAGCAACGCUACAGGCGAGGGAGUUAGCAGAGGUAAUUUUCCCCAAAUGACUUGCAGAUAUUGUUGCUGGCAUUAAAAUACAGCCAUAAAUGACUCGGUGUAACAUUUUCAAUUCCCUCUUAAUAAAUGUAAUUCUAGAAUUGUUUGCGUCAUAGCUAGCACCAUAGCUAUUACGACUAGAAUAACAAGCGCGGCUGCCCAGACGUGUCUACGUGGCGGCCAUGUUCGGGAGGUCGACGUUCCCGUCAAAGGCAAUGCAUGGACAUUAAAAUUAAGUCGUAACCGUGUUCAUUUCGCCACCGAUUUUCACGAGGUUUACUUUUUUGUCAAAGCUAAAGCGUGUGCUAUCAAGUACAGUACAUAUGUAAAGCAAUAAAAGUACUGUUAUCUAUGAAUGGUCAUUCCCAGUUCCCUUGUUGUGAUUGUAUGGCGUUGUCUGCAUACGGUUGUUCUUUCGUUUUUCGUGCCGUCCACACAGGUCGUGCGCGGAUGACUUUGCCCUUACUAGCUUCGUGUCGCUGGAGGCACGUAGCUCAUAUUCGUGGCUUUGACGCGCUUGACGUGCUGACGUAUAUCAUUGGCGCCGUUGUCGUACAUAGGAGAGAAAACAGCUAAAUGAAAACACCCCCGACCCCCUUAAAGUAGCUGUGGUUUAACAUCUAUUUAAACGGGGCCCGGUUGAAUGACACCGGUUCCGCAUCGUAUGAAACAGUAGUGUGUUAGUGUAGCUUCUAGGUCGACUUGUUAUCAUUAGUAGUAGUAGGAGUGUUGUUGUUGUUGUUGUUGAUGCUCGGCAGCGGAUGCAGCAGAAUGGUGCGAGCAGCUCCAACGGCUCCGAAGGCGGCGGUGGUGGGGAGCGGCAGUCUCCGUCCCGCAGCCCCCUGCUGCCGGCGGCGGCGACGACUCGGGUGAGACGCUUCAUCCAGGAGCGGCGAACGCUGCCGCUGCCCAAAGUUAUGGUGGUGUUCUCGGACGCGGGCGACGCCGAUAAGUCCAGCGAUGCCAUGGCCGCCGCUGCCGCCGACGACGACUCACAGAAGCCGGUGGCGACCGGCGUCAACCGGGGCAAGCCUUCCCGCUGCCCGCUGAACGCCGGGCAGGAGCAGGAGUUUCCCGAGGUGAUCUCGCUGAAUGUGGGGGGCUCCCACUUCACCACCCGCCUGUCCACCCUGCGCCGCUACGAGGACACCAUGCUGUCUGCCAUGUUCAGCGGGCGCCACCACAUCCCGCGCGACGCAGACGGCCGCUUCUUCAUCGACCGGGACGGUGCCUACUUUGGGGACAUCCUGAACUUCUUGCGCGAGGGCGAGCUGCCCCACCGUGAGCGAGUGAGGGCGGUGCACCGCGAGGCGCAGUACUACUCCAUCGCACCCCUGCUGGAGCGCCUGGAGGACACGCAGCCGCUCACCGGAGAGAAAGUGCGACAGGCCUUCCUCGACCUGCUGCCCUACUACAAAGACAAUCUGGAGCGCAUCGUGGAGAUCGCCAAGCUGCGCGCCACGCAGAAGAAGGCGCGCUUCGCCAAGCUGAAGGUGUGCGUGUACAAGGAGGAGAUGCCCAUCACGCCGUACGAGCGCCCGCUCUUCAACUCGCUGCGCUUCGAGCGCGCCGACGGCAGCGGCGGCGGCGAGGCCAAGCUCUUCGAGCACCACUGCGAGGUGGACGUCUCGUUCGGGCCGUGGGAGGCGGUGGCCGACGUCUACGACCUGCUGCACUGCAUCGUGGGCGACCUGUCCGAGCGCGGCGUCUCGGCCGAGCAGCAGUGCAUCGGCGUGUGCGACAAGCACCUCAUCAACCACUACUACUGCAAGAGGCCCAUCUACGAGUUCAAGAUCACGUGGUGGUGAAGGCGGACUUUGAAGUGGACUUCAACGCGGCGCACUUUGGAGUUUUGUUUCCAAAUUGCCUCUUUUGUUGUGUGCUUUUUCACUAACGGCGACUUACAUUUCAGAGCACGUAAUUGGAGUUAGAAUGGAACUUCAAAGCCAAAUAAUGCCAUGGCUUCAACUUUUCGUUGACAUGAAUGCGAUAUUCGCUGAGAUCAGGGUACACACAUACUGAUAAUCGGGCCCAGCAUUUCAGCAUUGAUCAUUUCUCCACUCUUCUGAUCAAAGUCAGCAAAGGUGAGAAUGUCGGAUGGGUCUGAAAGAUUAUCCUGAGGGAUGGUGUAGGGUGUGUUGAGAGAGAUUUUUUUUCCCACACCCUGACAAAGCCAGAAAAGGCCCAAUUGUCAGCUGUCACUAAAAGAUUAUCCUGAGCAGUGGCUCAUUUGCAUGAGACCAGACCGCCCCCUCAAAACAGGCUAAUGUCAGCGAGAUUACAAAAACAAGUGUACCGUAAUGCCUUGAUUCUUAGGGCACUUCAAAGCGUGAUUUGGGAUUAGUUUUAAAUUGUGCAAAAAGAAAAUGCAUACGUCUCCUAAGACUAAAUCUGCUUAGGUAUGUCCAUGGCAACAUUUUCAACAUGUUCCCAUAUAUUAUAUAUAUAUAUAUAUAAAAAAUUAUCACCAUUUCUGGACUUGAUGAAUUGAAAUUUCAGCACUGCCCCCUGAGAAGGUUUCCGGUGGUACUCCGACAAUUAGUCCAUGACUAAUCUUCCAAUAGAGGGAAAUACAACGUGGGCAAUACUCUCGCAUUCCUGGAGUAAGUAUGUAUGGGCAUUUGAAUACGGUACAUAUUUAAUUGUGCAACAAUUGAUUCUGUUCUACAUGAUUUUCAGUGUGAUCGGACGUGGUCACUCGGAAUGUUCUAAACUCCUGUUUCCGCACCAGCUUGUGCAUUGGCACAUUGGUCCGUAUGCAUAUAACUCAAUUUACCAUCAUGAACUUCUUUAAACAGCAAACUUGCCUCGAUUGAUUCCAGAUACGAUUAAUCAACCAUGGAUUUAACAUUGACGAUGAAUGAGCGCAUUGUUAUGCCAUCCCUGCUACUACAACUUCACUCUUCUUAUUUAAAGUAUUCCUCUCUGCAUUCCACUCUUUUUUUAAAUUUAUAACAUAGUACAUGCAAAAGUUGUGAAGUAGGGCUAAUGCUAACGGGCUUCAGCGUCCUCGUACUUGAUGACGUCUGAGCACCUUGUGAUUGUAGCCGAGAUAGACGUCGUAUAUCUUUUGUACCUCAAUGCUAUGAAGUAUUAAUGUUCACUUUUUUUUUUUAUUGUCAUGGUCAUAGCAAUACUUGUGUUCUUAAUUAUACUGUUUCACCUUAUUACCGAAAAUAUCUGUUGGCUUCUAGGAAGCUGUAGUCCUCAAGUUUUAUUUUUAUUUUUUUGUUGCUUUGUAUUGUACUAUUUUAUGACUGACACAAAUUAUACUAAAAUAUAUAUAUAAGAAUCA